AGUAUAGUACCGCUGACAAACCGGUAACCGGAGCAGCUCGUUACCGUCAAUUUUCGGAAAUGGAUUUCAGCUCGAGAGGGGAGAACGGGAGCCCGAACGGCCCCCACAGCGCGUGUUUGUAGAACGAGAUCAAAAGGCGCGUGGUCUACGCGGCGGUCACCCUCUCACCACUCCUCUCUCUGGGCACAGUUCUCUGCAGCGCGUGCGGUUGGCAGUUCCGUGGUGUCGGCAGGAGCGGCUGUUCUGUUUCGUUUGGCUCUGUGUGUUUGUGUAUUGAGCGCGCUUAUUUGUUGUGUGUAUGUGUGGUUUGCGCGUGAACCGGCAAAAUCAAGCACCAAGCAGGCCAGCGCGAGCCAGCGAAGAAACGCAGGCAGACAGGGCAGAGAGGCAGCCCGCGAGCGCUCAGCUAGCAACCGUACACUGCGAGAGAUGGUCACGUCCACACCGGGGAUCUUUCUGCUGCCGAUGCUAAUAUGUCUCCAGCACUGCAUUAACGUCCAUGGUACUAAGACAGAAUGUGAGACCAGCCAGUUUCAGUGUGGAAACGGUCGCUGCAUCCCGUCCGUCUGGCAGUGCGACGGAGACGAGGACUGCACUGACGGCAGCGACGAGAACUCCUGUGUCAGAAAGACUUGUGCGGAGGCAGACUUUGUGUGCCACAAUGGCCAGUGUGUCCCGAAGCGAUGGCACUGUGAUGGGGAGCCGGACUGCGAGGACGGGUCUGACGAGAGCGUAGAUAUUUGCCACACAAGGACGUGUCGUGUGAACGAGUUCAGCUGCGGCGCAGGCUCCACUCAGUGUAUCCCAGUCUUCUGGAAGUGUGAUGGAGAGAAGGACUGUGACAACGGAGAGGACGAAGUCAACUGUGGCAACAUCACCUGCGCUCCAAACGAGUUCACGUGCGCCAGUGGCCGCUGUAUCUCCCGGAACUUUGUGUGUAAUGGUGAGGACGACUGUGGCGACGGCUCUGACGAGGUGGAGUGUGCACCGUCGUCCUGCGGUCCCAGUGAGUUCCAGUGUGGAAACUCAUCGUGCAUCCCGGCCAGCUGGAUGUGUGACGACGAUGUUGACUGCCAGGACCAGUCAGAUGAGUCUCCGUCUCGUUGCGGUCGCCACCCAACGCCACCGGCAAAGUGUUCGUCCAGUGAGAUGCAGUGCCGCUCUGGAGAGUGUAUUCACAAGAAGUGGAGGUGUGAUGGAGACCCUGACUGCAAGGAUGGCAGCGAUGAAGCCAACUGUCCUGUACGCACAUGUGGACCAGAUCAGUUCAAAUGUGAUGAUGGAAACUGUAUCCUGGGCAGCAGGCAGUGUAACGGCCUCAGAGACUGCGCCGACGGAUCAGAUGAAGUCAGCUGCAAAAACGCGACUCAGUGUAACGGACCAGAAAAGUUCAAGUGUCGCAGUGGGGAGUGUAUCGAGAUGAGUAAAGUGUGCAACAAAGUCAGAGACUGUCCCGACUGGAGUGAUGAACCCAUCAAGGAAUGCAAUCUAAACGAGUGCCUCCUGAACAACGGUGGCUGCUCUCACAUCUGCAAAGACAUGGUGAUUGGCUUCGAGUGUGACUGUACGCCUGGACUUCAGCUCAUAGACCACAAGACCUGUGGAGACAUCAAUGAGUGCGUGAACCCCGGCAUCUGCAGUCAGAUCUGCAUCAAUCUGAAGGGAGGAUAUAAGUGUGAGUGCCACAACGGCUACCAGAUGGACCCAACCACCGGAGUCUGCAAGGCUGUUGGUAAGGAGCCCUCCCUGAUCUUCACUAACCGCCGUGACAUCCGUCGUCUUGGUCUGGAAAGGAAGGAGUACACUCAGAUUGUGGAGCAGCAGAGGAACACAGUGGCUCUGGAUGCAGACUUUAACCAGCAGAUGAUCUUCUGGGCCGACCUGGGACAGAAGGCCAUCUAUAGCACCAUGUUGGACAAACGAGGGGAAGUCGGCACACACAACAAAGUGAUAGACAACGUUCAGACUCCAGUGGGAAUCGCCGUGGACUGGAUCUAUAAGCACUUGUACUGGUCUGAUCUCAGCACCAAAACCAUCUCUGUAGCCAACUUCAACGGAACCAAGCAGAAGGUUCUGUUCAACAGAGGUCUCAAAGAACCAGCAUCCAUCGCUGUGGAUCCACUGUCUGGAUUUCUGUACUGGUCUGACUGGGGCGAGCCUGCCAAGAUUGAGAAAUCUGGUAUGAACGGAGUGGACAGACAGGUUCUGGUGGCAUCUGACAUCCAGUGGCCUAAUGGAAUCACUCUGGAUCUGAUCAAAGGCAGGUUGUACUGGGUCGACUCUAAGCUGCAUAUGCUCUGCAGUGUCGACCUGAACGGAGACAACAGGAAGAAGGUACUCCAGUCUCCGGAAUACCUGGCUCAUCCCUUCGCUCUCACCGUUUUUGAGGAUCGAGUCUUCUGGACAGAUGGCGAAAAUGAGGCCAUCUAUGGCGCAAACAAGUUCACUGGCUCUGACGUGGUGACUCUUGCUAGCAACCUAAACGACCCCCAGGACAUCAUAGUGUACCACGAGCUGAUCCAGCUGUCGGGUACUAACUGGUGCACAGAGAAAAGUGAAAACGGAGGCUGUAACUACAUGUGUCUGCCUGCGCCGCAAAUCAACAAACACUCCCCCAAGUACACCUGUGUGUGUCCUGAGGGACAAGAGCUGGCGGCUGAUGGCCUACGCUGCAGACCCGGGGAGUCGGAGCACCACAGAGACCUUUCCACCAAAAGUCCUUCAAAGGAUGAUGGGGAAGCGCUCACGCAGCCACCCUCAGAAGCCAACGUGAGCACGUCGAUCCAGGUGGACUCUACAGCCAGAGGGUCUGCUGCUGCCUGGGCCAUACUGCCUGUCUUGCUGCUGGCGAUGGCGGCGGCGGGCGCCUACCUGAUGUGGCGAAACUGGCAGCUGAAGAACCAGAAGAGCAUGAACUUUGACAACCCCGUCUACCUGAAGACUACGGAAGAAGACCUCAACAUCGACAUUACCCGGCACGGCGCCAACGUGGGACACACCUACCCCGCAAUAUCCAUAGUGAGCACAGAUGACGAUUUGUCGUGAUCUUUAUCAUAACGGCAACUCGUAGCGUUGCGUGGAGCGUCAUCGUUCCCCGUGCCGACGGUUGUCCAUAGCAGCAGCCCUUACAGUCAGACCACAUGCCUUCUGAAGUGCAUUAUGUCAUUAUCUGUGGAGAGGGUGACUGGAAGAAAAGUUAUUUAUUAUGUGAAUACUACAACAUAUUAUGUGUCAUAACUGUUUUUCACUCAGUGAGUCCAAAGUGUUUGGGGGUUUGUUUGUUUUUUUUCUUCCUUUCUCCUUUUGGUCCACAUUAUUUUUGGGCUUCCUGUUCCCUCUUGGAGUCUGAUGCCAUCUUUUCAUCUCUCAGCAAAACAGAUCGAUUUUUACGGGACAGGAUUUAAAGAGGAUCUGAGCUGUUGGUGUCCAAUGUGUCAAAGGCGGCAUGAGACUCCUUUUUGACCGUGUUCAGAGUGAUGAAGGGUCAGGGGUCAUUUAGGAGCGAGACAUUCAUGGGGGGAAUUUGGUCCAAACUUUAUUUCUUGCCUCCGCCAGUUUCAGAUGUGUGAAUAUUUAUGAUAAUGAUUUGGACAGUAAAGAUGUAUUUGUUAAUUUUUAUUUUUUUCUUUGCAACAGUACUUCCUGCAGUGCAUUCUUACAAGCUGUUGUGUAUUAUCAUUAUUAUUAUUAUUAUUAUUAUUAUUAUUAUUAGCAAAGCUGUGUAAGGAUCACCAUGGUAACAGCAUUUGUAAACAUUGUAAAUAUUUAGCCAUCAUCCUUCAGACAUGACAGUCAAUCAGGACUCUCUUCAAUGCACUUUGAUCAAAUGUUCCUUGUGUAAAUAAGAUUGUAUACAUUUGACUUGAAAUCAGUUUUUUGCUAUGGUUGGGCAUUGUACCAGGGUUAGAGUUAAGAUGUAUUUAACAUGAAAGAAAAAGCUGAAAAAGGACAAAAAAAAAAUCCCAAAAAACAAAACAACUGAAUUUGGUAAAACUAUUUUGUAUGUUUGUGUGCUGUCGCUGUGAACUUUUUCUAGCCUUGUACAGUGAGGGGGAGCACUAUUAAAAACUUUAAAGCUCUGUAUCUGUGAAGAAACUGAUUUGCAAAUCACUUGAAAAUUAAAAUCUAAUUCACAACGUUUCAAAA